AUGGAUGCUGCCCUCUUCGCCCAGUCGGACGUUGCCUCUUGCCUGGUGGAGUUCGUCGACUACGAGCAGUUCCUCUUUUUCGCAGGCGUGUGCCGGGCGUGGAAGGAGGCAUGGGGGCAGCGCCCACCCACCACCCGCGCCGUGACGGAGGAUACUACGGUGGCCCAGCUGUCGCAGAACUUCCAGUGCGGCCUGUCCCUGAUAGCCGACGUGUGCACUUCCGUCGCUAAGCUCGGUAGGCUAGACCUCCUCCAGUGCGCCCGUCGUCACGGCUGCGCCUGGAACGAGGUGACCUGCAUCGCGGCUGCCGGCGGCGGGCAUCUCGAACUCUUGCGCUGGUGUAGAGACAACGGGUGCACCUGGGAUUGGCGGACGUGUGCGUCAGCCGCCGAAGGCAACCAGCUGGAAGUCCUUCAGUACGCGAGGGGGAACGGCUGUGACUGGAACAAGUACACGUGCUCCAGGGCCGCAUGGAAGGGCCACCUUGCUACUCUUCAGUGGGCUCGCGCGAACGGAUGCGCUUGGUCCGCGGAGACCUGCUCGUCCGCCGCCGACGGGGGGCAUCUCGAAGUGCUGCGUUGGUGCCGAGAGAACGGCUGCAGCUGGGAUGAGGGAGUAUGCGCCCGGGCUGCGAGCAAAGGUUUCCUGCACAUCAUCAGAUGGGCGAGAGAGAAUGGAUGCAACUGGAACGAACGUACUUGCAUUUCCGCGGCCGCAGCCGGACAAUUGGGCGUGCUUCAGUACGCCAGAGAACACGGCUGCCGCUGGGAUGAAUGGACAUGUGCGUUGGCUGCCGCCUCUGGACAUCUCGGGGUAAUUCAAUGGGCGAGAGAGAAUGGAUGCCCUUGGGAUGGGAGUACUUGCAGUCAAGCGGCUGGGCACGGCCACCUUGAUGUGCUCCGGUGGAUACGAGAGAAUGGUUGCCCCUGGGACGAGUUAACUUGUCGGUCUGCGGCAGAGUGGCGGGCUGAAUAUGCUUCAAUGGGCAAGAGCGAACGGGUGCCCAUGGGAUGCUUCUUCGUGUGCUGCGGCUGCCGCGGGGGGCAUAUGCGUAUCCUGGAGUGGCUAACGAGUAACGGGUGCCCGAUGGACGAGGACACAUGCUCGUUUGCAGCCAGGGAAGGGCACCUAGAGGUUCUUCGAUGGGCUCGAGAGCACGGCUGUCCCUGGGAUGAUACCACGUGCCGGGAGGCUGCCGGAGGUGGCCAUCUUGAAGUGCUCCAGUGGGCCCGUGCGAUGCAUUGUCCGUGGAACGUUGAAACCCUCGAGGUUGCGAGCAUGUGCUGCAACUUUCACGUGGUUAAGUGGGCCACAGAGAACGGGACCGCCUAG